AUGUCAAGCGCGGGACAGACUCCACUGCGCACAGAUGCGCCUCGUCGGACUGCAGCAGCUCAACAGAGGCUCGGCGCGGCCCAUCGCCAUGGACAAGGGGAGCAGGAGCAGAUCGACUCGGACACUUAUCUCGACAAGUUAGAGGAGCUUCUCAAUGGCCGAGUGGACGAGAAUGUUGGCAAUCUGGCGCGUUCGCUCGGAGAACUCGUCAGGAGUGCUGCUGCUGGUCCCAAGGAUAAGUACAAGGUCGCACAAGAAGCGCUCGAGUCUCAGGAACGGGCGGACAGCAUGAUACGCUCUGUGGAGAAUCUGCUCUCACUAACUCACACGCUCAAGAUGAUCUAUCUGCUCUGUGACGAGCGUACUCUACUUGACAUUCAGCAGGCUCGCACCACCGAAUUACAAUCGGAAAUUGACGCCCUGCGCAACGACCUCCAAUCGGCGCUCGACGCGCCCUGA